GGUCUGGCCCGCCGCAGGGAGGGACCGCGGGCGAGCCGGGAGCCGGAUCCAGGCGCGGGAGGAUGGGGAACGCCGACUCCAAGCUCAACUUCAGGAAGGCGGUGAUCCAGCUCACCACCAAGACCCAGCCUGUAGAGGCAACAGAUGAUGCCUUCUGGGACCAAUUCUGGGCAGAUACAGCUACUUCAGUCCAAGAUGUCUUUGCUCUGGUUCCUGCUGCUGAAAUCAGAGCUGUGAGGGAAGAAUCUCCUUCAAAUUUGGCCACUUUAUGUUACAAGGCAGUGGAAAAGCUGGUGCAGGGAGCUGAGAGCGGCUGUCACUUUGAGAAGGAAAAGCAGAUUGUUCUGAAUUGUAGCCGCCUCUUGACCCGCAUCCUACCCUACAUCUUUGAAGAUCCUGACUGGAGAGGGUUCUUUUGGUCAACUGUCCCUGGGGCUGGACGAGGAGGGGGAGACGAAGAUGAUGAAAAUGCUAGGCCUCUUGCUGAGUCAUUACUUCUGGCUAUUGCAGAUUUGCUCUUCUGUCCAGAAUUCACUGUCCAGAGCCAUCGAAAAAACAAUGUGGAUACAGCCGAGGAUAUCCACGCAAUUGAUAGCUGUGAAUACAUCUGGGAAGCUGGUGUUGGGUUUGCCCAUUCCCCAUCACCCAACUUCUUUUAUGAUUUAAACAGGUCAGAGCUGUUGAAACUCCUGCUGACAUGUUUCUCAGAGGUUAUGUAUCUGCCCCCCUCCUCGGAUAGCAGCAACACUAAUCCCUGGGUCCAAUUCUUCUGUUCCACUGAGAACAGGCACGCACUACCACUGUUCACUUCCCUCUUGAAUAUCGUCUGUGCUUAUGAUCCGGUGGGCUAUGGGAUCCCUUACAACCACUUGCUCUUCUCGGACUAUCGUGAACCCCUGGUGGAGCAGGCUGUCCAAGUCCUGAUAGUCACAUUGGACUAUGACACUUCCACCAGCUCCAGUCCCACAGUAGAUGGUACUACUACUGGAACAGUCAUGGAUGAUGCAGAUCCUCCAGGACCAGAAAACCUGUUUGUAAAUUACCUGUCUAGGAUACACAGAGAAGAGGAUUUCCAGUUCAUUCUGAAAGGAGUGGCUCGUCUCCUCUCCAAUCCAUUGCUUCAAACCUACCUGCCAAACUCUACCAAAAAGAUUCAAUUCCAUCAGGAACUCCUGGUUCUCUUCUGGAAACUCUGUGAUUUCAAUAAGAAAUUUCUCUUCUUUGUGCUGAAGAGUAGUGAUGUCCUAGACAUCCUGGUGCCAAUUCUCUUCUUCCUUAAUGAUGCCAGAGCAGAUCAAUCUCGAGUUGGGCUUAUGCAUAUUGGUGUCUUCAUCCUAUUACUACUGAGUGGGGAGAGAAAUUUUGGGGUUCGCUUGAACAAGCCGUAUUCUGUACGAGUACCAAUGGAUAUCCCUGUAUUUACAGGGACGCACGCAGAUCUUCUAAUCAUUGUCUUUCACAGGAUCAUCACCAGUGGGCACCAGCGGCUGCAGCCCCUUUUUGACUGCCUCCUUACCAUCAUUGUGAAUGUAUCUCCAUACUUGAAGUCUCUUUCCAUGGUAGCGGCUAACAAACUUCUGCACCUGUUGGAAGCCUUUUCAACCACCUGGUUCCUCUUCUCCACUGUUCAGAACCAUCAUCUUGUCUUCUUUUUGCUGGAGGUUUUCAAUAACAUCAUCCAAUAUCAGUUUGAUGGCAAUUCCAAUUUGGUGUAUGCCAUUAUUCGCAAGCGAAAUGUGUUCCAUCAGCUGGCCAAUCUGCCUACUGACUUGCAGUCCAUCCAGAAAGCUUUGCAGCGCAAAAAGAAAGCUCCUGAACCUAUAUCUCGCACCAACUCCCAAGAGGGAGUGUCCAUGGAAGGGUCCCGGCCAGCUGCACCUGCUGAGCCGGGGACGCUGAAGGCCAGCUUAGUAGCAACUCCAGGCAUCGACAAACUCACAGAGAAAUCCCAGGUAUCAGAGGAUGGGACAAUGCGCUCCCUAGAGCCAGAGUCUUCAGAGUCUCCAGCAGAAGGCAGCCCCCUUGGCAUUGUCAGUGACACAGAAUCUUGGAGUGGGGAAUCCUCACAGCCUAAGCGGGAUCGACGGCGUCUGUCCAGUGUAUCCACAACUGGGCAGUGGAAUCCAACUCCUGAAUGGGUGGUAUCUUGGAAAUCAAAGCUGCCCUUACAGACAAUCAUGCGGCUCUUACAAGUCCUAGUUCCCCAGGUAGAGAAGAUUUGCAUUGACAAGGGCCUCACAGACGAGUCUGAGAUUCUGAAAUUCUUGCAACAUGGCACAUUGGUGGGGCUACUUCCUGUCCCUCAUCCCAUCCUGAUCCGCAAAUACCAGGCUAACUCUGGUACUGCUAUGUGGUUCCGUACCUACAUGUGGGGAGUUAUUUAUUUGAGGAAUGUGGAUCCUCCCAUUUGGUAUGACACAGAUGUAAAGCUAUUUGAAAUUCAGCGAGUCUAAGGAAUGGGAACUUGCCUCUGUUUGGAGGAAAACACUGGAAACAAGGAUCUUGCUGUGCGCUUCUUCAUCACAGCUCUUCCUUCAUUUCACUGCCUGCUGAGUGAUCCAAAAGACAAUCGCUUUCAUUUAUUGACCUGCCACUUUAAAGCUCAGAGACCUUUCCUAACAAUCUUUUUCCUAACUCCCUAGGAACGUUGAUGGAAAGAUAUGCAAGGAAAGGCAGCUUUGAUGGUUACACUGAAAACCAAACAAUCUCUCAUCAAGUUCUCCUUGUGGUUCUGGGUGCAAUUCUGGAACUGACUAGCUAGAGAAGCAGUCUUUUCACUUCCUAGUCAGAUCCAGCCUUUAAAUUAAAAGGACACUGAAUGUAAAGAGCUAUAAACUGGACCAGUGAAGGAAGUGCUACUACAGGAGGUAGCUCUGUGGUUCUUUCCCAAAGAAUGUAUCCUAACACCUCUUCAUGUUGCAGCCCCCUUGCUGCUGUCUUGCGUUAUUGUACCUAGAUAGAGUGAGGUAGUAGCUUCACGUAAUAGUGACUAUGGGGCUCUAUUUAUUUAAGUCACUUCAGGUCAAUUUUCUGGGUUUGGUUGGUCCUCUCUUUCCUGCCAUUGCAAAUGUGUUUAAUUACUUUGUACUGGUGCUGUAAUGCAGCAUCCACAUUUCUAAUUCCCUUGUCCUUCCUUGCCUUGGAGGUACUCAUUUAAAAGAUGGAUGCGUGUCUAAGAAUCUGUGUUUAUCACAAGAAUUGUUGUUGGAAAGCUGAACUAAUGUGGGAUGAAAUGGACACAUGUUAUUUUUCAGGGAUUUAGAGAAAAUCUUUUUUGUUUUGAAAUAUAAAAAAUGUGGGCAGUAAGACUGCUGGAAUGGAGUUUAAUUCUUUUGGAAGCUGCAUAGUGUGGCUUCUAUUCUAGGUUGAUUAAGCUAGACUGUAAUAGAGUCAAUGUUUUUAAAAAUGGGAAUUUCUAUCUAGCAGAGUUUAUAAGAGAUUGGUGAAGGGGGAUCAAUAGAAUGUGAACCCAGCCCAAGUUAUUCCAUUUUCUAAUUUUGUUUCUCAUAAUUCAGAUAUGGGCCAUGGAAUGGCAAGUCCAUUCAUCACUAGCUUAUAAGAUUUUCAGACAAACUUUCAAGGGUCCAUAGGCCACAGUUUGAAAUCACAGCAGUAUACAACUGCUGUUCCUCACUAUUGCAGAUGGCAGUCAUCACCUCUUUGACAACCUUAUCUGACUCCUAACCUGAGAUUCUGAGAUUUGGCAGGCCAUUUUUCCUGUGGUCCUUCAUUCCCCACCCUCUUCUUACAAAGUUUUACUGAUGCCAUAGAAAAGUAUGACUAGGUAUGCCAAACUUAGUACCAAUGCAAUUUGCUUGUUUAGAUAUUUUAGAUAGUAGUUAGUAACUUGUAGUCCUCCGGAUGUUUUAGCCCACAACUCCCAUCAGCCCUAGGCAGCAUAGCCAAUAGUGAAGGAUUAUGGGAAUUGUAGGACAAAACAUCUGAAGAGCCACAUGUUGCCCACCCCUGUUUUAGGACAUUCUAUCAUUGAAUGAAGUAGGAAAUUUCUAAAUAUUAUCUAGACUUCAAUAUAUAGAUAGAAGGUGAAAAAUAGAUUCAAAGGCCAUUUUCUCUCCUUGAAAUCCUUCCAUUUCACCCUUUCCUCAUUGACAAAAUGCAUCUAUUUAUUUCACCUUACAUCCCUACUGACAGAUUGAAGUCUAUAUUUUCUUUGAAAUUAUUUUGGUUUUUCAAAUGUGAUUCGGUAAUGCCCUAGUAAAGGUCUGGCUGAUUGUACCACAUUUGCACCUCACAGCAGGGGGAAAACUUCCUUUAUGAGACACUGAUCUCACUUUCCUGAUCUCUCCCUCUCCCUCUCCCCCUCCCUCUCUCCCUCCCUCUCUCCCUCUCUCUCUCUCUCUCUCUCUCUCUCUCACACACACACACACACUUUGUGACAACACCCCCUCAUAUUUUUAUUUUAUGUUAAUGUGUUUUUUUCUUGUGGGUUUAUCUUGACUUUUUCAUUCUUUAGUGUUGCAGGUCUGCUCUUUGUUCCAUUAAAAUCAAAAUUGCACUGUAAACUAUUUGCUUUACUUAUAGAGAUAAAAUUAUCUUAAAACACUGCAACUGGCUUUACUCUUGUCUUUAUCAUAAGAGGUUUAUGAGCUUGUUUGUGUUACGGUUUGAUUUAUGUGACCUGACAUCCUUUGCAACAUGUACCUUUCCAUUAAAGGCAUGGCUGAACUGGUGCUCUUCGUUUGAC